UCCCGCACUGUAGUCGACCUCGAGAGCUUCGUUGGCUCGGGACGGUUAUCAGGUCGGUUUAACCAAGGUGUGAGUUAUGUUGCUGCAUCGCUCAGCACCGGUUACGUGUUGUUGUAUAUCCGGUGACGCGUGAAAGCCCCGGCGACUCCUCGACGAUGCGUUUGUGAAGGAUAAUCCCAUGGAAUUACUCAGAAACAAUUUUUUUUAAUUUAAUCCCACAUGAAAUAAAAUUGUGUCAGCGUGUAUUUCCGAAAUUUGUAAUUUUUCCAAAAUUACGGGUGAAGGAUAAUUGAGUGUCACUGUCAACCGAGUGCUAGGAGAGGCACUUGAUUUAUUGGUUAAUUGUAAAAAUCCUGAAAUGGAGAGAAAUCCGGAGAUGAUUACUAUGCUCCUUGACAUGUGAACAAAACACGCCCCGGGAUUUGAGCUCUUCAUCGUAAUCUCAUUGUGAAAUAAAUCCCUUCUCUAAAGUUGGGGGAGUGAAAUUGAAUACAACGGAAGAAAUUCAUUGAUAAAUAUUGAAAAGCAUGACAGAGCCUCUUCAUAUCGGCUUUCCUGUUGCCUCAAGCCCACCGUGAUUGAUUGUUUUUCAUGAGUGCAAUUCAGAUAUUCGGUUUUUAUCAAGUGAAUAACGAUACAGUGGUGAAUUGUUAUUUCAAUGUGAAUGUGCAUAUUAUCCUAUUGGAACGUAUUCUCGGUGAUUAAUCGAAGUCAUUGAUGAUCGAUUAUCUCGGAUGCCUCAAUCACCGACAGCCACGCGUAUUGAAAUAAAGCGGCGAAUUGAGAGUUACGAAUCAAUUCAUUUGAUACUAAAAGCCCCCCCAAUCGCAUUUUUUUCAUUACCUUUUUUUGCUUUUUCCUUCGAGUUUGUUCGCUGUUUUUUUUUUUGCAUCGAGAGAUAGAUGAGCUCGGGGAGGUAACCGUUGCGGAGUAAUUAGCGUCCCUAUCCUUUUUACGUCCCACUUUGAGAUAUAUUCCAAACGCGUUCGAGUGCAAUGAGAAGUAAUUAAAACGAUGAAAUUAACUUUGGACUUGUACAGAAUGAUUUGGACGGAAAGAUGUAAGUACAUUAAUGACUUACCACUGGGCUUACGUAACAAAUGAGUGAAGAAAGAGUAGUUGACCCCCGUUGGGUAAUGAGUCUUGAGAAGUCUCUUAAUAGGUUGGUGAAGGGUGAUAUUGAAAAUUAGGUGACAAAGAUGGAACUUUUUAUAAUUCUCGUUUGUCUGAUUGGACCGUCUGCUGUAAUAUCAUUAUCAGUUCAUGUUGAAUCGAAUCCCCGAGUUGUACAAAUGAGAAACGGUAGAAUUCAGGGAUUGAAGCAGUCCUUUGAGAUUAAAGGAUUGAAACCAGUGGACGUCUUCCUGGGAAUACCCUACGCUACUCCUCCCAUUGGUGGUGAUAGAUUCUCACCAACCAAGGCCCCCAGUCCGUGGAAAGGAAUAAGGAAGGCGGACAAGAUUGGUCCAGUUUGUCCUCAAAAGUUACCGAACAUUACCGACGAAACGAAGGCCCUCGAGCGUAUGCCUAAGGGGCGGCUCGAGUAUCUCAAAAAACUACUUCCACAUCUCAGCAAUCAGAGCGAGGACUGUCUGUACUUGAACAUCUAUGCUCCAGCAAUGGGUCCCUCAGACAGUGGUAGAAGACAUCCGGUUCUUCUGUACAUACACGGUGAGAGUUAUGAUUGGGGCUCGGGAAAUCCAUACGACGGCUCGGUCCUGGCGAGCUACACGGAUCAAGUUGUUGUUACAAUGAACUAUCGGCUCGGGGUUCUUGGCUUCCUGAAUGCCAAUAUCUCACCACAAACUAAAGCCAGAGUUGCCAAUUAUGGACUGAUGGAUCAACUCGCCGCGCUCCACUGGGUUCAGGAGAAUAUUGUGCAAUUUGGGGGUGAUCCUGGUAAUGUAACACUGAUGGGCCAUGGAACUGGGGCCGCCUGCGUUAACUUUCUCGCUAUUAGUCCCACCGUCAUUCCAGGACUAUUCAAGCGUGCAAUCUUGCUAUCUGGCAGUGCCCUAUCCUCCUGGGCAGUUGUCGACGAUCCCGUCACCUACGCAGUACGUCUGGCCAAAGCUGUAAACUGUACAGUACCUACUGACCUACUCAAGGAGCACGAAUUAAUCGUCGACUGUCUGCGCGAUACAAGACUCGAUCGUCUCAUGUCAGCUGACGUUGAGCCUCCAUCCUUCCUAAGUGCAUUUGGACCGAGUGUCGAUGGAGUUGUCAUAAAGCCGGACUUCCACAAGGAUCUCCUGUCAUAUCUCGGACCCGAGUUUCAAGGAUACGGACAAAUGCCAAAGAGAAAUGAUCCUGGCACGCCAAUAACCAGCAACAACAAAUACGAUUUGUUAUUCGGUGUGACCACGAGUGAAGCACUUUGGAGAUUUGCUGAGCACGAUGUGCAAUCUGGUUUUGAGGGCGAGAGACGCGACAGAAUAAUAAGAACCUACGUUAGAAACGCCUACACGUACCACUUGACCGAAAUUUUUUACACGAUCGUUAAUGAAUAUACUGAAUGGGAAAGAACAACUCAACACCCAUCAAACACUCGAGACGGGUGCGUACAGGCACUGAGUGACGCUCAAUUCGUGGCACCACUUGUUCAAACUGGUGACCUCUUCACCCUUCGUCAUACGAGAAAACCAAACGACGCCCACAUCCCAUCGAUACCCGAUCACGAGAGAGAGCCAAUGCCGAAAACCUACUUUUACGUGUUUGACUUUCAGGCCAAGGAAAGCGAUUAUCCCGAGAAAAUGGGAAUAUCUCACGGUGAGGACUUGCCCUACAUCUUCGGUGCACCACUGGUGAACGGAUUCAAUCACUUCCGGAAGAACUACACGAAACCCGAAACGAUACUGUCCGAGAGCAUGAUGCAGGUCUUUGAAAAUUUUAUAAAAUCCGGUAAUCCCAAUGUUGCCGAGUACCACGGUAACAAAGCUGAUGGACAAAUGCCGAUGACCCGGGAAAAAAACAAAUUUCGCUCGAUAACUUGGGAGCAGUAUGACCCGGUGCAUCAAAAAUACCUCGAGAUAACGAAAAAACCCGCGGUGAAAAAUCACUUUCGUGCUCACCAGUUAUCGGUGUGGCUUCGGCUAAUACCAGAGUUGCAUCGCGCAGGAAUGGAGGAUGUUGAACCACGACACAAUCUCUUUCGUAGCCAUGGGGAUCCAAAUCUCUAUGAUGGCCUGGUACGGCCUGAUCCACUGAGUAGAAUAGGGGAGGAAUACAGAAGACGAAAUUUCACGACAGAACCGCCGACAACUACGGAUUACAGCAUAACCACCUGUGUCAGCGUAAUUCCCAGCACGAAUCCACAGAAUGUACAUAAUGCAAGCAGUCCGGAUACCCUGUCGGGUUUGGAUGUGGCUGGAUAUGCUGCCUACUCCACAGCUUUGAGUGUGACAAUAGCCAUUGGCUGUAGCCUCUUAAUCCUGAAUGUACUUAUAUUCGCUGGUGUUUAUUAUCAACGGGAUAAAACGAGACUGGAAGUUAAAAGUCUUCAGCAGCAGCAGAUGAUGAAUCAACAAUGCGGCCCAAGAGGUUUCACCGAGCUCAAGCAACCGCCCCCACCCCAUUCCCACUUCACCAGCGGUGGCCAAGUUAUCGUCGAUGUUGAGAAUGAAAUGCUCAGAAGGAAUGUUAUGAAAGCGAAUGAUCCGGGAAUUCUUCAGAGCCAGAGCACUCAUACACUGCCUCAUCAGCAUCACUAUCAGAAGCAACAGCACACACCACAUGCCACAUUGCCUAGAGCAUCUGUUAUUCAGGAUAUGGGAAUGCAAUCCCAGUGUCCACCAAAUGGUUCGAUUCACUUAACAGUGCCACGAGCACCACCACCACCGAGGACCAAAAGCCCACCUGAAAAUCAACCCUUGCUGCAAAGUGGAAAUAUUAUUAAUCGCGUUACACAAGGCAGUAUGACUGAAAUGAGAGUGUGAUGUAUGGAGUCCCCUCCGAGGCCAGUCGUACCCGAUGUACUAACAGCAUCGACAUUGCUUUAAAGUAAUCGCUAUUGUAAAUGUCAAAAUACAUGAGAAAUUCUCAGAUUAAAUAUUUGAGAUAAAUUUUUCGCUUGAUUCAUAAACAUUUUGACGUUUACAUUCGACAGGAGGAGGGGACUGAUGAUAACUGCCAAUUGAAGAAUCAUAAAAUUAUUUAAUGUUUAUUUUUUCACAUUCACUGAGUGAAUAGAAAUCAUACUUUUUAUUCUCUCGAGUAUCAGAGAAUUCUCCACAGAGAGAGUUCCCUCAUUUACCCUUAUUUAAAAGCAUUGUUAUUUUUUUAGUGAAAUAAAACGAAAAAAUACUAGACUGAAUAAAUCAUCCAACAAAGUGGGAUCGAAGUAACGAAAAUCGAAACAUUUUAACUGACUAAAUCAAACGAUAAUGACAAAUUAGCAACAACUUUUGUGAUCGAGAGGCGAUGAUUCGCUGCGAAAAACACAAUUUAAAAAAUCAAAAUAAAACUUUUCAAAUCAAAGAUGAAAAUCGCUGCAUUUUAAAUUUAAAAAAAUCGUAACUAUAAGUUAGGUAACAAAAUAAUAAAUGGACGAAUGAAAUAUGAGGGAAGAGAUAAUGAGAAUGUAUUUUAGGUGUUAUACGAUGUAACAUGGCUCAAAAAGAAGUAAUGAUGAAUCACAACCGGUGUAUAAAUAAUUUUAAUGAAUGAGAAUUAAACCUACAGUGUUAGAUGUUCCUUGUACAUAAUUGAGGAUAAGAAUGACUUUUUACAGUUGAAAAUUUACCAAAAGCGCCAGUAAAAGUUGCCACCCGCAAUUUCAUCGACGUGCGCGUUUUUAUAUUCCUUUUCCAUUAAUUAUUUUAAUUCCCAUUGACGAUUAAUUAACCACAGAAUGUAUUCCGUUCAGUUGGUAAUUUUUUUUUCUACGAUAUGAAAGAAAAUACUAGUGAACAAUGAAAAUAAUCGCUGGGGGGUAAGAAUGAAAAUUUUAUUUGUACUUACAAACAACUGGGAUCACUCGUACAGACAAUGAACAUUAGCUACUCGUUGUGUUUGGGGGAGGAGAGAGAAUAAACCCCUCCCCCUUUCACUUCAGUUACAAUCUGCAGAUGGCAAACAGUAUCUCUCCCUCUCUUUCUUGUUCAACACACCGACCUAUUUUAUUCUCCUGCGGUUAAUGACUAUUUAAGCUCAAGUUGUUUCAUUCCACUUCACCUCCCACUCUCCCCCUACACCCAACCCACCCCCCUGCGCCUUUUUUCUCUUCCAUCUUAGGGGAAUUGUCUUGUACUGGAGGAUGAACUUUGCCGCAACGAUUUGUCGUUUUUCGAGGGAAAAUGGGGGAAAUGUAGGAAAAAGAAAUUUCCGGUGGAGAAGGUGAAUGAGAGGAGAGAAAUUUUAACUGUGACCAGGAGAUCGAUGAAAGAAAAAUUAUUGUUCACUCAAAAUAUUGUCAGCUUAUUAUCACUUUGGACUGAAAAUGCAACAGCAAAUGACCAGUGAAAUUAAAUUCUAGUGUUGAUUCGUCAAAGUGUUAUUCAAUGAGAUUUAUUUGCCCGUUUUAUCACUCAUCAGUGCGGAUCAAUUCAUCAUUCUAUUUUAUCUGAGGACAACUGACAGCAUAAGUCAUCAUAGCCAUCAUGGCCAGUGAUUAUAGACUAAUUCAUUUCAAGAUAUGUUUCAAGACAUCAAGAGCCCCAAUCAAGGAAUGUUCGUGUGAUGAUCAAUCGAUGAUCGAAAUUGGAUUGAACUGUAUCACUGAAUUUUUUUAGCGACUGAAUUUUUAAUGAUGAAUUGACCAGUACCAUCACGAUGCAGUGUUGAAUAGGGCCGUUACGAUUCCGAACUUUUUAUGAUGAAUAGUAAAAUCGACGUCAAAAAGCACAACUCGAAUGUAUCUGUAAAUAAAAAAAAAACGGCGCCGACUGUACGUGAGAGAUGAUAACAAUGCGGAGCUCAAAAAAUAAAUGAGUUUAAAUGAGUAGAGUAAUAAUUCCACUGCCACAAACUUUAUUAUUAUUCAUAUUUGAAGUUGAAGUAUUGCACAGAAUAAUGAAGGAAUCGUACGGCUGUUGAUUGCAAUGAAAAAUUUUAACAAUUACGUAAAAGACUUAAGUAUGAAAUAUCUGUAGUUGUAAAUAAAAGUUGCGCGUUAUGAUACGAAUAAAAG